AAUUAUAUUAUUUUGCAUAGCGUUAAGUGAGAAAGAAUUAAAUAAAAUAUAAACAAUGGCUGCAGCAAUUGACGGCGUUCUGCCCGUAACGUUACAAGAAUUGGUUAAGAAAUCCAAAGUAUUGGUUGUGGGCGCAGGUGGCAUUGGCUGUGAAGUGCUCAAAAAUCUUGUGCUUAGCGGCUUUACUGAAAUCGAAAUUAUCGAUUUGGACACCAUUGACCUGAGUAACCUGAACCGGCAGUUCCUCUUCCAUCGCGAGCAUGUGGGCAAGUCAAAAGCACGCGUUGCCCGUGAAAGCGCCCUCAGCUUUAAUCCCGAUGCGAACAUAACAGCCUAUCAUGACAGCGUUACGUCCACUGACUACGGCGUUAAUUUCUUCAAGAAAUUCGACGUGGUGCUCAGCGCCUUGGACAACAGAGCGGCGCGAAAUCAUGUGAAUCGCAUGUGUCUGAAUGCAGAUGUGCCGCUCAUUGAGAGCGGCACCUCCGGCUACAAUGGACAGGUUGAGCUGAUCAAGCGCGGCCUAACCCAGUGCUACGAAUGCACACCCAAGGAAAAGCAACGAAGCUUUCCCGGCUGUACCAUACGCAACACACCCUCAGAGCCUAUUCACUGCAUUGUCUGGGCCAAGCAUCUGUUCAAUCAGCUGUUUGGCGAAUCGGUUGAGGAUGAGGACAUUUCCCCCGAUGCUGCUGAUCCGGAGGCACAGGAAGCCGCAGCUGAAGUUAAGGAUGCAGACGCCGCCGGAGAUGCUGCAGACGUGAACGAGAAUAAGAAGGAGACAGACUCUCCUCCCAACGCCAAUGGCAAUGUGGUGCGCAUCAAUACACGACAAUGGGCCAAGGAUUGCAAUUACGAUGCGGCCAAAUUGUUUAACAAGUUCUUUAACGAGGACAUCAACUACUUGCUGCGCAUGUCGAAUCUUUGGAAGUCGCGCAAGGCACCCGUGCCUGUGCAGUGGGAUACACUGCUGCCCGACGGUGUCAGCUCUGAUGCGCAGGAGCUUGCGCGCCAGCAUCACAAGAUUUGGACCGUGGAGGAAUGCGCCCAUGUCUUUGCCAACGCGCUCAAAGAGCUAAGCGCUGCCUUUCUUAAACUGGAGGGCAAUGACACAUUAGUGUGGGAUAAGGAUGAUCAGCCGGCCAUGGACUUUGUGGCCGCCUGUGCCAAUGUUCGAUCCCACAUCUUUGAGAUCGAGCGCAAGUCACGGUUUGAGAUCAAAUCCAUGGCUGGCAAUAUAAUUCCUGCCAUUGCCACCACCAAUGCAAUAACGGCCGGCAUCUCAGUGCUUCGCGCUUUCAGCGUGCUGCAGGCCAAAUGGGAGCAGUGCAAGGCGGUCUACGCCCGACUGCGUCUCAAUGGACGCAAUCAAUUUCUGGUGCCGGAUGCAUUUUUCCCGGAGCCCAAUCCGAAUUGUUAUGUGUGCGCUAGUGAUCCAGCCAUCACUUUGCGCAUUGAUACUAAACGUGUCCAAAUUAAAGCAUUCCGUGAUGAGGUGCUCAUCAACACUUUGAACAUGGUCAAUCCAGACGUGACACUGGAGUCCACUGGCUCCAUUGUCAUAUCCUCGGAGGAGGGAGAAACCGAAUGCAAUGAGCAAAAGUUGCUAAGCGACAUGAACAUCGUGGAUGGCGUUAUUCUCAAAUGCGACGACUUCUUCCAGAGUUAUGAGCUGAGCAUUAUUAUAGCGCACUUUGAUGCCGAUCGAGAGGAUGUCCUGUUUGAGGUGAUUGCCGACAAAAAUCAACUCCAACCGAAGGAGGAGCCUAAAGAGACGGAGGCCGAGACGGAGCCCAGCUCUCGAAAGCGCGCAGCUAAUGGGGAUGAUGCAACCGACGAUGGUCCCUCCACCUCAAAACGCAGCCGACCAACGGAAGUCGAGGACGACGACGACGAUGAUGAUUGCCUGGUAGUUGAAGAGGAUGACGAUGAUGACGUUGAAGAGGUUGUUACGGAGGCAACAGACAAACUUACCGAAGUUAGCCUACAGAAAACGGCAGCCAAACGAAAGCCCAGCAAAGUAUUGGAUGAUGAUGAGGAUAUUACCGAAAUUUUAGAUUCUUCGGACGAGGAGGAUGCGGGUCCAACUAAACGCAAACGCACAAAACUGGAGGAGACAAAAGCAGGCGAGGUAAUUAGUAUCGACUAAUAUUGCAUUCGUUUAACAAUUCUAUGCAAUUCUCACAAAUGAAAUAAACAAAUGAAUUU